ACAACAUCCCUUGGUCCCACUGCCCUGAGCCCAGCGAGGGAGCAGGACAGAGCCAGCGGGAGGCCAGCGCGGCCAGGGAAGAACAGGCAGCCUCCAGAACAGCAGGACUGAGGGACAAAAGACUUGUCAUGGACUGCACGCUGGAGACCAGCCAGCUAAAGCAGAAGCUUCUGAAAACCAUCUACAGCCUCCAGCUGAAGUCAUUUACCACACUGCAGUCAGCCAGCCCAUUGCUGCACAGCCAGCAUGGCAUGGGCAUGGUGACGCAGUACCAGGUCCACCAGCUGGCAGAUAAGGCCAAAAACCUCUGUGGAGAUCUGGACAACAUCAAGAACCUCCUCCACUACUGCCAGGAUGAUUUGGUCUGGCAAAUUCCCAACCCCACCGGCAGCCGCUAUGGGGGUGUCCGUGGAAUCCAUUGCUCCCUGGAUGGCUCCAUCUACGUGACAGCUGAGAGUGCUCCCUGGGUCCAUGUGCUCAGCAGCACAGGCCACACACUGCAGUCCCUGCCCUGCCAGCAAACAGGCAAGGGAGGCAGCAUUUUCUUGCCCGAAGAUGUGACUGUGACUAGGAUGGGAAUGGUGGCUGUAGCUGACAUGGUGAAUGAAGCCAUCUGGGUCUUCAACCCUCACACCAGCCUCUCCAAGGGGGAAUGGAUAAAGAUCAGGAAGGUUGGUUCCCCCAGGGGUAUUGGAGUAGACUCCAUGGGCAAGAUCCUGGUAGCAGACUACGCACAAGGCCAAGUGCACAGCUUUGCUCUGGACCAUGCCUUCAGGACACUCAAUGUCCACGCUGUCCCAAAUCUGCAGGGACCUCGCUACAUCAGUCCGGCGCCCAGUGGAGGCUUUGUGGUGAGCGAGGAGUGUGGAGACGUCAAAGUCUUCAUGAGCAGCUGUAAGCUCCUCUGCUCCCUCAGCAGCAAAUAUGGACACCAGUUUGGCAACCCUGCUGGGGUCUGCGUAGACACGGAUGGUAGCAUCCUGGUGGCAGAUGAGCAGCGCCGUACGGUCCACUUGUUCCCGGAGCAUGGAGCUCCCAUCUGCCUGGUGUCCACAGGGCUGCGGAGGCCCGCUGGCAUGGCUUGCUCCUCCUCUGGGCACCUCUUUGUGGCAGACACAGUGGAGAACUGUGUCAAAGUCUUUAAGUACUGUGUGAGGCCCCCAUGCAGAGCCACCAAUGCUGGGGCAUCAUGUGCUGACCCCAAACAAACACACAGGUGGGGAGGGGGGGUGGUUCCCCUCCAGCCCCGCUGAGCUGUGCAUCUGUUGGUGCUCUGACAGCUCUCACAGAUUCAUGGAAUCAUGGAAUGGUUUGGGUUGGGAGGGACUGUAAAAAACAUUUCAUGACAGGGACACCUUCCACUAUACCAGGUUGCUUCAAGCCCUGUCCAACUUGGCCUUGGACAUUUCCAGGGAUGGAACAUUACCCCAGACCUGACUGCCUGAUGGCCCCCAGCUUCUCCAGGACUAGACCAGCUCUGGACCAACCAGAGCAUAUAAAGGAUGACCCAGCUACUCAGAACUGGCCUUGCAUUGGUGCCUCAGCAAACUUGUUAUCACCAUACCCCUGAUUCCCUGCAUGUUUUCCAAAGCUGAUAUCAAUAUUUCUCCUCUCUCCAUGCGAUUUUGAUGUGCCAUGGUCCCAUCUUCCUGAUGCCAGAGCAUGACCAGAGGGGUAUGGCCAUGCUAGAAGUCCGUGCUCUAUCACAGAAUCAUGGAAUCACACAAUGGUUUGGAUUGGGUCCUUAAAGAUCACCUAGAUCUACACCCUGCCAUAACUAGGGACGCCUUCAACUAGAUCAGGUUGCUCCAAGUCCAGCCUGGCAUGAUUGAGCCAAGUGGUCUGUCCUAAUUCAUUCCCAGGCUGUUAGGGAGGGUUUUGCAAUCAGAGAACAACAUACUGGGUCUGCAGCAGACUUCAGGAAAAGGGUAAGAUGAAGGUAACUCCUUCUGUGCUGCAUUCCUGACCUCUACAGGGAAGCAACAACCACUACACUGAAUCAUGGAACUCCUCACACUGCCCCCCAUCCUGGGGCGGGAGCUGCCCUGCUGUCCUCUGGAGAGGAGGGCUCAGAGCCACGUCCGCUGCCUUUAUCGGCAGGGGCCAGGGGAAGGCGGGCAGGGUGUGCCGGCACAGGGACGGGCGUUUUCCUCUCCCCGCUCCGGGCCUCGGUGUGGGCACGAAGCUUUACGACUCCUCGGUCUCUGCUGAUGUCCCAGACCCAAGUCACCACCUUUCAUCCCAAAUGAUCCCUGGAGAAGGCCUUGCUCCCUCCUGGCCCUGGGACAGGCACUGAACACAGCAGACACCCCGUGGGGCCCUCCAGCACCCCUCUCCCUGCAGAGUGAGGCAGGCAGGGAGGGGGGCUGCAUGGUCUGCAGGAACAGCGAGAUCAGCCUGUCCAGUCCCAGGAAGCUCAGCUCCCUCCCAGAAGAACUAAUCUCCCCCAUCUUAUUUCCAAUUCUGUGGCAUCCAACAAUUAAAAUAAAAUCCCAAACCUUUUAUCUAGCCCACACCCAGUUCUGCACCUGCUCUCUUUUUCCAUGUGGGACCUUCUCAUACCACCCAGCAUCUUCCCAAGCUCACUGGCCCGAUCCCACUGCCGGAUCACAGGACAAAGCUCUUGGGCCCCUGUGGGCACCCGUGGGUCUCUGCUGGGCCAGGCAUCCACUGAGGCGGUCAAGAUGGGGGUCAAGAGGGUCCCAUCAGCACAGCCGAGUCCCUCGCCACUGGGAUGGGGGACAACGGGAUUCCCUGAGGAAAGGUGAGUCUUUGGACUUUGGGGAUGAGGGACAAUGAGGUCCCAUAUCGAAAAGUGCCUGGCUUGUGGGAUGAGCGACAGCAGGGUUUUGUGAGAACAGCGGGGUCUCUCGAUUUUGGGAACAGAGGACAGCGAGGUCCUGUGAUGACAGGCGAGUGCCUGGCCUGUGGGGAUGGAGCCAGCA